UGUCCCCAUUGGAAUAGUGGGAGGAAUAGUGCCCCAUCGUUGGUAUCAGUGGGGAGGAAUAGUGUCCCAUCAUUGGUAUCAGUGGGAGGAAUCAUCAUUGGUAUCAGUGGGAGGAAUAGUGCCCCACAUUGGUAUCAUUGUGCCCCAUCAUUGGUAUCAGUGGGAGGAGUGCCCUAUCAUAGUGUCCCAUCAUUGGUAUACAGUGGGAGAGGAAUAGUGCCCCAUCAGUUAGGUAUCAGUAUUAGUGGGAGGAAUAGUGCCCCAUCAUUGGUAUCAGUGGGAGGAAUAGUGCCCCAUCAUUGGUAUCAGUGGGAGGAAUAGUGCCCCCAUCAUUGGUAAUCAGUGGGAGGAAUAGUGCCCCAUCAUUGGUAUCAGUGGGAGGAGUAG